AUGAAUUUCUCGAACGAAGACAGAAGUGUUAUCAAACCGACGCAGGAGAAGUGGAAGACAGCCAAGCUCAGCAAGCUGCGCGGUUUCCUCUGUCCACCAACGAUGGUGGUUGCGUACGCGCUUGUUGAAAUGCAUCUCUCGUAUGCGUACCUGGAAGAAUCUUGCUCAAGUUUCGCGGGACACAAUGUGGCGAUGGAAGCAGGGAGAACGGUAAGGCCUGGCAGAUUAGUUUUGUAA